GCGGAUAAUUUGAUGAUAGAAAACAAAGUAGGAGAGGUAACCGAAGAAACUUCAAAUGAAAGUGAUAAUGGUCAACGAAAUCAUUGGGUGUCGUUUGAAGAAGAACCGGAGCUUCCUCUUAUUUCUCAGCCAUCUUACUUUACGAAUAAAACUAGUUCGGAAAAUUAUGUUAAGCGCCUAGAACAAAAAUUACAUCGAAUACGAAAUCCAGCAAAUAUCACCAGCAAACAUAUUGUAACAGCUUUAAGUGAAGCGAAACGUGGUCAAAUGAAUGACUUAAUGGAGAAUGAGGCUCGGGGUGAUUUUUCUUCUCAAUAUGGUCAGAUAUUUGGAACCUUAAAUGAUGAUGAAGAAAUUAAAGCUAGUUGUUGUUGUAUUGUACUAUACAGUCGUUUAGUUCCCAAGAGAGCUAGAACAAAGCAGGAGAUUGAGUGUUUAUUAGAUGAAGAUGAACUAGCAAUUAUUAACUGUCAAUCCAACCAGAGUGAUCCAGAUAAGAGCAUGACAUAUAAUGAAGAUGACCAGAAUUAAAGGUUAUAUCUAUGGUUUUUGUGGAAAACAGAAUGAUGCCUGAAGUCGGUGACGUCAUUUGUUUGGGACUAAAUGGUACAACUGAUGAUAUGUGUGACAUGUUGGUCAGAGUGAGAUUAUCAUAAAGUAUCGUCAUUGGGGCAGGAUAGUUUAUAUAAUCUUUCUUGACGUUCGAAUCUAAAAGUAAAAAUGAGAUUUCGAUGUAUUAAUGUAGUGUUGGCUUGUUUGAACUGUGGUUAACAAAAGAUCGUAUUUUCGCUUCUGUGAACUGAUUUAGGGUAUUUCUGUUAUUAAAUGUGUAUAAGUAUCACAAUCAUUUACCCAGGUGAUGCAUAUAAACAGCCAAUAGACUGUUUAGUUUACGAGUACUAUCUGUUAUGAUUGAUUUACGCUUCUUUUCAGCUGAUUCUGUCCGCUAAUUACGAACUGCAAUCCUAAUUUUUUUAUUAACUUGAAAUAGUAUGUUGAUCGUCGAUCA